GCUGUGUAUGAGAGCUACUGGAACCUGUUGGGAUUCACAAACAAAUCAAUUGCUUUUGUUAGAGACGGACACGACCUUAUGCUAAUGCAACUUGCGACAAUGAACAAUCAAGUUAUUGGAUUCACUGGAAAAUCUUGGGAAUCAUUCUACCUGAAGUACCGGAUGAGGCCUGGACAUCACAUUGUCUUGCACUACGAUGGCACCCUGUUUCUCACAACUGUUUUUGACAGGAAUGGGUAUAUCCUUACAUCAACAGGAAGGGAAACAUCUGAAACUGAGAGUAAGUUUUAUUAA